AUGUAUUUAAAAGUUGUAAUCUUUGCUGUGUCCUUCCUGACAACUUCAGGAUACCCACUACACAGUGACAGCAGAGAGCCAACUUGGUCUGAUGGAAAGACCAACCAAGCUCAUGACAAGGCAGACCUCACAAAAGAUUUGCAAAAGGUUUACAAGAGCAGCAUAGACAGCAGUGCACUUUACAACCAGGAACAUGAUGACAACCCUGUGGCAGAGGAAAUGCAGCGCAAGCUCGCCAUGGAGUCGGAGCGCCUGCGCAUCCGUCUGCGUCAAGAGCUGGUGGAGCUGCGAGAGAGGCUGUCCCCAUCUUCGGCGCAUCUCAGUUCCCGUCUGGCCAGCAUGAGGGAACGCUUAACUCCCCUGACUCAGCAGCUCCAAGGCUCUCUUAGUAGCAACAGCCAAGAUCUGUGCAGCCAGCUGAGUCUCUAUCUACAGGCUUUAGAAACAGCUGAGGCUCAGGAGGAGGCCAGUCCGUCUCUGUAUCAGGAAGCCUUCGAGUUAAUGAGCCAAUCCCUGGAGCACAGCAGUUUUAAGUUUGCUAACACCAUCAGUGACUUUUAUACCAAAGCAAGUGGAGUGAUUGAACAUCUGAAACAGACUAGUGAUCAUGAAGAAGAGCCAAGCACAUCAAAUGUAUGGCUGGAAAUGAGCUCCAAGUUGGGACAGGAAGUGAGUUCACUUAAAGAGGAGGCACAGAACAGGGUGGAGGCCCUGAAAGUACAGCUUUCUGCAGUGCUACAAUCUGCACAACCUCAUACAGCAGAAGUGAGAGGUAGCAUAGAGCAGUCCUGCCAAAAUGCAUCCAUGGAGGUCCAAGUGCUUCAAGCCCGAAUGCAAAGGCUGUUUACAGGGCUGGAAAAGGAGCUCGUGGUCCCAAGAGCCUCCAGCACGACUUCUUCUUCAUUUACACUCCAAAGUGGCUCUUUGCGGGAGGACUUCUCAGUUAAGCUCUCAGCUCUGAUCCAGGACAUUAUGCAGUCAAUGCAGUGA